UUUCCUUCUUUUGAGUUUGUUUUGGAUGAGGUUAGGUUAAUUUGUCUCUAUAUGUUAUUGUGCUGUGGUUUUAUAGCUUUGUUUUAUUGCUAUCAUUAUUUUGGUGGUGGUUUUGAAGGUUUGUUGCUUUUUCCGUUAGUAGUGUGGUUUUUGGGAGUUAUGUGUUUUUUGGUUUUAACUUCAUCUAUGCUUUUUUCUUUGGUGUUUUGGGAAUAUUUGGGGCUUGUGAGGUUUUUUUUAAUUCUGUUUUACUCUAAAAUGAGUAGUUUGCGGGCUUCUUUGAUUACUUUAUUUGCUUCUCGGUUUGGCGAUGUUUCUAUGUGGUGUUGGGACUUAUCAUCUUCGUUGUUUGUGCUUUUAUUUCUUUUAGUUGUUAUGACUAAGAGGGCUUGUUAUCCAUUUGUAUCUUGGUUGUUGGAAGCUAUGCGUGCUCCUACCCCAGUAAGUUCUUUAGUACAUUCUUCUACGUUGGUAGCGGCUGGGGUGNGUGGUUUAUUUUUUACCAUUAUAUUGACUUCUUUUGCUGCUUUAGUUUUUAUGGAUUUGAAGAAGAUAGUGGCCUUGUCAACUUGUAAAAAAGUGUCUUGGUGUAUACUGUUUUUUAUAUUUGGUGAUCUUUCUUUGUCUUUAUUACAGUUGGUUAGACAUGGUGUUUGUAAGUGUUAUUUGUUUAUGAGGGUUGGUGACUUGAUGGGUCAAUCGGGUUCUAGUCAGAGAUCUGUAGGGGUGUUUUUAGGUCGUUAUGCUGGUAGAUUUUUACCUGUUUUACACGGGUUUCUUGUGUUGUCGUUAUGUGGUUUGCCGUUUAUAGGUGUUUUUUUUAGGAAGCAUCUUUUAUUUUCUGGGCUGUUACAUAGUUUGGGUUUUGGUUUUGUGUUAUUGUUUUUGUUUUGUUUGGUUUUAUCCUACGUCUAUUCUUUUCGUUUUGUUUUAUUGUUAUUAGGGUCUAUGGGUGGUUUGAGUAGGGGGUAUUCUAGUUUUUUUUUNUUUUUUUUUAUUAUUUGUCCUUUGGUAGUAUUGGGGACUUUUUUGAAAUAUAUAGGGGGUAUGUUUCUUAUCGAAGAUGUUUCUAUGAAUGGUUUUUUUUCUUCGCUUAUUUUGUUAUUACAGUUUAUUGGAUGUGGGCUAGGUUGUUUUUUUUAUUUUUAUUUGAUGGGUGUUGGGCGUUGGUCUUCUAUUUUAAGCGGUUGUGAGGCGUAUGUUUCUAGGUUUUAUUAUAAUUUUGUUUGUCUUUCUAGGGUUUGUGUAAUUUCUUUUUAUCGUUGGGAGGUUUAUUUGUUAGGUUUGAUGUCCAAGUUUGGGUUUCGGAGCUGA